CCACUUCUUGCCUUAAUGAAGCCUUUUCUUUGUUCACAAGGGACAGAAGAAGGAAGGUUUGAGUAAAAAUACCUUUUCUUUUCUUCACAAACAAUCAAGAUGAACGAUGUUUUUUCGCGUUCGUUCAGAGAAUACUUGCAGGACGGUAAGCGCCAGAUUCACGCCGACGACAUCGAGGCGGGUACUGGGGGAGAAGGAAACGAGACUACUAUUGACCUCGACAAGUUUUUUGAAGAUGUGGAGAAGGUGGAGGAGGAUAUGAAGGAGGUCGAUAGGCUAUACAAGAAGUUGCAAGAUUUUAACGAAGAGAGUAAAAGAGUGCACAAGGCCCAAACCAUGAAAGAGGUCCGGGCUCGGAUGGAUGCGGACGUUGGAGAAGUCCUGAAAAUGGUCAGGGUCAUCAAAGGAAAGCUCGAGGCGCUUGAUCGAGCCAAUGUAGCUCACCGAAGCAUUCCCGAGUGCGGUCCUCGUUCGUCCGUGGACCGCACCCGGACUUCGGUUGUUUGUGGGUUAGGGAAAAAGCUCAAGGUCAUGAUGGAUGAAUUCCAGGCCCUGAGGACUAAGAUUUCAUCCGAGUACAUGGAGACAAUUGAGAAAAGAUAUUUUAUCAUAACGGGAGAGAAGGCCGACGAAGAACUGAUUGAGAAUCUGAUAUCAACCGGGAAAAGCGAGACGUUCCUACAAAAAGCGAUCCAAGAACCGGUGCAGGGCCUGAUUCUGGACACGAUAUCGGAGUUUAAGGAGAGGCACGACGCGGCGAAGGACAUCGAGAAGAACCUGAUCGAACUCCACCAGUUAUUUUUAGACAUGGAGGUAUUGGUGGAGGCGCAGGGGCAACAACUGAACGAUAUCGAGAGUCACCUGGCUCACGCGAGCUCGUACGUGAGGCAUGCAACUGAUCGAAUCCAGGUUGCAAAGGAGGACCAGAAGAGCUCAAGGAAAUGCACUUGCAUUGCCAUUCUUUUAGGCGCUUGUGUCCUUGUACUCAUCCUUGUCCCGGUUUUGUCAGCUGUGUUGGUUCACGUAUUGUAAAAAAAAAUUGAACUUGUUAGUAGAAAUUAGGGCUACAAACGAACAUAGCAUGAUGCUCGGUUCGGUAAGAGCUCAUUCGAGUUUAAUUCGUCUGUUAAAUGAAUCGAACAUGAACCUCAAUUAUAGGCUCGUCAAUAAAUGAGCUGAAUCUUUU